AUGAUCAAACAUCCACUAGGGGAAGAUUUUUCGAUCGGAGGAGGAGAUGAAGCCUCCGAUAAGAAGAAUUCAUCAUCUUCAACUAAAAGGACCAGUAGUGUCGGAAGUAAUGGCAACAACUCUAAUUCUUCAUCAUCAGUAUUAAAUCUGGAUAAUGUAACACCGACUCUGUAUGCCAAUUUUAUAAAGGAAACAAUCAAGAAGAGUAAUUUAUUUCAUUUCAUAUCAAUAUCCGUUGGAUAUUCAUUCAAUUGUUAUGCUCAUCAUGAAACGGUGGUGAAAUUACUCACUCUCAUGGUGAAUAAAUUGAUGAAGGAUUAUCCAGAUUUAUUGGAUGAAAGUGAUAGGACAUUCUUAUUGGAAAAACCAACUUCAGAAGAGUGUGCCAUGUCCUCUCUGAAUCAAUUAGAUAUUAAAGUAAUUUCAUAUGAUGUCAUGAUGCUUAUUGAUACUAAAUUGGUUAAAUGGUCGAAUAGUGGAAGUAGCAGCAAUUCGAAUCUCAAUCAACAAGAUAAUGAUGAAUCAGUUAAAUUAUCCAUAGAAAAGGAGAAUAGGAUUACUAUCACCAAGAUGGAUAUUCUCAAAUUAAAAAGAGACAUCCUACGAGUUGGUGCUCUCGUACACUUGUACAGAAAAUGGAAGAAGGGUCAAUUGAAUACAGAAAAUUGGAUUUGGUCAAGUUUUGAAAAAGUUCUCACUCAAGCCAUGAAAACAACUCCACAGACAGUUCUUUUGGAUGGUGUAAUUGUUGCACCUAAAUGUGCAAUGCCAGAAUCUAAAAUGGUUUUCAAUCCAGAGUAUGAGGAAGAGGAAGAAUCAAAUCCAAUUCUGAAAUUAGCAUUUGCUUUGGAUAUUGGUUUUGUAACGUGUGAGGUUGACCAAUUGAGUAAUUAUAACACAAGAUGGACAAGAGGAUUAAAACCUUUUGUUGAAAAAUUGGAAAAUUAUGAAUGGUAA